AUGGAACUGUUUUCCUUAACUAUCAAUACAACAAUCACAGAUGUUCAAUGGCAAGCAUAUCCAAUUGGCUUCUUUCUUUUACUUCUAUGCUUAUUAACAAUCUUAGGUAAUUUAUUAGUAUUAUAUGCAAUAAUUCGUGAAAAGACAUUACAUAUCUCAACAUAUUAUUAUAUUGCGUCAUUGGCAUUUGCCGAUCUUUUAGUUGGAUUAAUAGCUAUGCCUUUUGCAUUUAUAUUUGAAAUGACUGAUGAUGAAUAUUGGUUAUUUCGACGACAUUUAAGAUUCUUAUGUGAUUUUUGGCAUUCAAUGGAUAUAUUUGCAUCAGCCGCAUCAAUAUUUGGAUUAUGUGCUAUUGGAUUAGAUCGAUAUAUUUCAAUAACAAAACCAAUGUUAUAUCCAAAUUCAUUUAUAUCAAAAAGAUGGUAUUAUAUGUUAUCAAUAAUAUGGAUUGGAUCAGCAAUGAUAUCUUUUCCAGCAGUUAUUUAUUUUGGAACAGCACAAACGACAAAUCGUAUGUGA